GUUCGUUAACCCUCAUUAAUAUAUGUACUAUGUACGUUACGUUUAUUACUCGAUCGCGCGAUAAGCGGAGGUGGAGAGGAAUCGUCGGUGACGUUAUUCACAGAAUGCAAAUAAUUAUUGCUCUUAUCGCUUGUCACUAUCUAAUAUCUCCUCUAACAUAAAACUUUGCAUCGUUGGAAGACGAUUUUUAUAAUAAUCAUAAAACACGUAUUUUUUUCACUACGAUAUAUAAAAUAUUUUUUGAUUGCGACAAGGUUAUACAAAUUAUUUCUAACUUUGUUCUUUGAGUUUUAAUGAUGAUGCGUAAUAUGAUCACGGUCCUGCGAAAACGCGCAGCGAGUGAAAGAUUUUUAAUAAGUGAAUGCAAUUUGAAGAAAUGCGAGCGUGAAUUUUGUCAAACCGAAGACAAUCGUUCACCGUUAAAUGGAAUACGAAUUCUGGAUCUGACACGGAUCGUAGCCGGUCCCUACUGUACGAUGAUCCUGGGAGAUCUUGGUGCGGAGAUCUUGAAGAUCGAACGACCUGGUGAUGGAGACGAGGCGCGCAAAUGGGGUCCGCCAUUCUUCGAAGGAACGCAAGAAUCGACUUAUUUUAUGAGCGUGAAUAGAAAUAAGAAAAGCGUUUGUAUCGAUCUGAAGAGAGGUAAAGAUAUUAUUUAUGAUCUGGCGCAGACAUGCGAUGUCUUAGUGGAAAAUUACGUACCAGGAAAGUUGGACAGUAUGGGCUUAGGAUAUGAAGAUAUAGCCAAGAUAGCGCCACGUCUUAUAUAUUGCUCGUUAACUGGCUAUGGAUCCCAAGGACCUUACGCAAAUAGGCCUGGUUAUGACGUUAUUGCUGCUUCCCUAGGUGGACUCUUGCAUAUUACUGGUCCCAAAGAUGGACCACCAUGCAAAGUUGGUGUAGCAAUGACAGAUUUAGCAAUGGGUUUAUAUGCUCAUGGAGCGAUUAUGGCAGCUUUACUGCAAAGAUCAAGAAUCAACAAAGGCCAAUGGAUACAAUGUAAUCUUUUGUCAACUCAAAUUGCGAGCUUGAUUAAUAUUGCUUCAAAUUAUUUAAAUGCAGGCAAGGAAGCAACAAGAUGGGGAUCUGAACAUGAGAGCAUAGUUCCUUAUGAAGCUUUCCCAACAAAAGAUGGAUAUAUGACUGUGGGAGUGGGUAGUGAUUUGCAAUUUCAAGAGUUAAUCAAAAGAUUACAACUACCAGAACUCAUUAAUAAUAACAAAUUUAAGAAUAAUAUUGCUAGAGUUAAGAAUAGAAUGGAAUUACUUCAAAUUCUCAGAGAUGUAUUUAAAAGAAAAACAAAUCAAGAAUGGUCUGCAAUAUUUGAAGGUGCUUCAUUUCCAUAUGGAGCAGUAAAUACUAUAAAAGAGGUAUUUGAUGAUCCUCAUGUAAAAUAUAUAAAGUUGGUUCAAGAGUUAGAACAUCCAGUUACAGGCAAAGUAAAACUCGUUGGGCCACCUGUGACAUAUAGCUAUGCUACCAACAUAGUGAGAUCGUCACCACCAAUGUUAGGACAACAUACAUUAGAAGUUUUAAGAAAUAUAUUAAAAUAUUCGGAUAAUAAAAUAGAAAAUUUAAUAGCACAAAAAAUUGUGCAAUAAUUAAUUUUUUUUAUGUAUUUUGACAUGCAAUACUCACAUAACAUAAAAAAAUUUUGAUUUUCUAAUAACGUUUUAACUUUUAUACAUUACAUAUAGUA